CCGACUACUCGGAGGACGUGGAACACUACAAACAGGAACUUUAAAGGGAAUGAAAUCUGUUGCCUGUUCCACUAGGAAUAUUGUUUGCAAGGCACAAGGUGUCUUUUGGUAGUGAGCACCCUCUGCGCAUGCGCAGGUCCUUUCGGGAAUUACUGCCCUGCCGCCGACUAAGUUGCAUUCCUUGAAUCUUCGCAGGAAAGACAAUUCUUUAAUCAGAGUUAGUAAUGUGGACAGUACAAAAUCGAGAGAGUUUGGGGCUUCUCUCUUUCCCUGUGAUGAUUGCCAUGGUCUGUUGUGCACACAGCGCCAAUGAGCCCAGCAACAUGUCAUACGUGAAAGAGACAGUGGACAGAUUGCUCAAAGGAUAUGACAUUCGCUUGCGGCCGGACUUUGGAGGGCCCCCUGUGGACGUAGGGAUGCGGAUCGAUGUCGCCAGCAUAGACAUGGUCUCCGAAGUGAACAUGGAUUAUACACUCACCAUGUAUUUCCAGCAGUCUUGGAAAGACAAAAGGCUUUCUUAUUCUGGAAUCCCGCUAAACCUCACGUUAGACAACAGGGUAGCUGACCAACUCUGGGUGCCAGACACCUACUUUCUGAAUGACAAGAAAUCAUUUGUGCAUGGGGUUACGGUGAAAAAUCGAAUGAUCCGACUGCAUCCUGAUGGAACGGUUCUCUACGGACUCCGGAUCACAACCACAGCUGCAUGUAUGAUGGAUCUACGAAGAUAUCCUCUGGAUGAACAGAACUGCACUCUGGAGAUUGAAAGUUAGUGGAGUUUCCCCCGAGGACUUCUAAUACCCAAGCUGCAUUAAUAAGAGAAGAAAAACAUUUUAAUAUGAAACGACCUUGUGAGAUUGUUUUUGGUUCUAUAAUCUGUGCACCUGAAUGACUGUAAAUUGUUGGCUUUUAGAAAAACAGUAUGUUAGAGUCUUGUGCACAUUGUCUUUCUUCAUGGGAAGAACAGGAUGAUAAAUGGUAUUCAUGAGGCUUGUGCUUUGGGCCAAAGAGUUGAUGUUUUUCAAGUCUAGUGAUUGAUUUUUGUUUGUCUUCUUGUGCUGUUUUUCACUGAUUGCUUUCUUAACAAUUAGAAUA